ACUAUGGACAAUUGUGCAAGUUGGAGUUGUGAUGCACACGAGUAAAAAAAAUAUAAGAUCUAAUAUGGUAGCCGUCGUGUGUUCUGCCUCCCGACGGUUUCCUUUACAAGUUCUUUGUAUUUGAAGUUGGAGGGUUAAAAAAAUAAUUUGUAAGGUGGUGGGAGACAUCGUUGCCCCCCAUCAAAUAUGAAAAUUCGGUUGAAACCGUCGUGAUUAACGUGAAAAUUUUAUUUGUCGUGUUUUGAAGGACAACUCAGUUCAGAAAAAUAAUAGUUCAUCACAUCGAGUGUCACGCGGAGGAUGAAAAAUUGGUUAUUUGUCUGUUACAAAUAUUCCAGAUCAGUCAUCCGGAAUUUUAAUAAUAUUAAUUAGCGAGUGUGAAACGUAUAAUUAAUUAUGGAAAACGACGUUCUGAAACGUGAAGACAAAUCACCGAAGGUCGAAGGCGAGACCUUGACGGUGUGUGAAGUACCUGACAUUUCGGCUCUUCAUAUAAAAUCACGACUGAGCUCGCAAACAAUUUGUGAAAACACUGAGGAACCACGUGCUAAUGGCCUACAGCAAAUUAAUGGAGUUUAUGGCCCUCCCAAACUCAAUUUCGAUUCACCGGACACACCUAGAACUGUGGACACUAGUCGUUUAAGUCAACUACUUCCAGAUGAAAAGGAAACCACGUGCAUAGAAAAUGAGGAUAGUGACAUAAUCUAUGUUAGCUAUAGUAGCGAAUUACAAAUGCCAGACAUUAUGAAACUUAUUCAAAAGGAUUUGAGUGAACCCUAUUCAAUUUAUACGUACAGAUAUUUCAUCCACAACUGGCCAAAAUUGUGUUUCUUGGCGAUGCACGAAAAAGAAUGCAUUGGAGCAAUCGUCUGCAAGCUUGAUAUUCACCGAAAGGUGAUAAAACGUGGUUACAUCGCUAUGUUAGCUGUCGAUGUUAACUACAGAAAGCGCAAGAUCGGCUCAAGCCUGGUGCGCCGAGCAAUACGUGCUAUGGUUGAGGAUGACGCUGAUGAAGUAGUACUGGAAACUGAAAUAACCAACAGGCCGGCAUUGAGAUUGUACGAGAACCUUGGAUUCGUUAGAGAUAAAAGACUGUUUCGUUACUAUCUCAACGGUGUUGAUGCGUUAAGACUGAAGCUGUGGCUCAGAUGAAAUUCAUCCAUGUGUUCGUGUCAAUCAGUUAGACUUUGAAUAAUUAGUUUUUAUUUGGUAUGAAAUUCUGACUAUGGUGGGAAGGGAGGUGGAUCUUCUGAAACAUUUUCAACUUUCAUAUAAUUGUUGGGAACAAUGUUUUAUGUGGAGGACUACCUACGUCUGUGGAGUUAUUUCUUCGGAGCGCGAUUAAAAAAUAAUCCAAUAAAUCAGUUUUGGGCCUGCAGUGAAAAGAAUUUAGGAUAUGAAUUCAGAAGUCGAUGCACCAAGUUGCUAUGCAAUUUGCAAUGCUUGUGAAUGCUACAAGUUGAUAAUGAGGAGAUUUCAAGGGCUCUCUCAUUCAGUGAAGGACUGUGACUAUCGGAGCCAGCACGGAAUUCGCAGUUAGAUCAUUUUGAAAAUAAUUACUACGGUGUCCUGUACUGGUCAAUGAGAUAACAACUGUAAAGCCAUGAAUAGAAUGAAACAAACAGGCAGGAAAAUUCUGAUGAAACUUUUCGACAAUUUUGAGAGCCAGAGGAUCAUAUAUUGCGAUGGAGGAAAGUGAGUCUGUGAAGUAGCUCAUCCAUUCGUUACUGUCAAUGUAAUAUAUUUUUUGCAGAAAAUAAUUAAAUCGAAGGUCACUGAAACUCCGGAAAUAUCGUAAUGUAAUAAAAAUAAUAUCUCUGAAAAUAAUAAAAAACUAAACAGUUUUUAUCCA